GAUCCCCAUUCAAGGAAUCAAAAAUCCAUCUAGAUUCCCGACCCACAACCCAAAACUCAGCUGCUCGUGUCGUUUUCGACCUUUUUCAAAUCCCACUUCAGUACACCCUGCUCUUCCCUCAUCCACUGGACGAGGAGAAAAAUUCCACUGUAGAUUCUUUAGAAAGUCCACUUCGAUAUGCACUAUGUUUCCAUGGCUUCCCUUGACUGAUUAUAUACAGAGACAUUAUAUCAAGUAGAGGAAAAAAAGAGAAACAGAUUAUAUACCUAAAAAAAGGAAAGAAAAUGGUUGCAAUUGCGUACUUAACUGCUUUAACAACGCAUUUUAGCUAUGGAUUAUUGUUUGCUUUUGGUCAUAUCAGAGAUUUCUUUCGCAAAAUUCUCGACUGGGGUAGCUCUAACAAUCUUCAGGGUUAUGCUCCAAUCUGUCUGGGACUUGAAGAUUUCUAUAUACGCCGUUUGUAUCUCCGUAUUCAAGAUUGUUUCGGGAGACCAAUAGCUAGUGCUCCUGAUACUUGGUUUGAUGUGGUUGAGCGUCACUCGAAUGACAACAAUAAGACUCUAAAACGGACCACCAAUAUCAGUAGAUGCCUUAACUUGGCGUCCUACAACUAUCUUGGCUUUGCUGCAGCAGAUGAGUAUUGUAUGCCUCGAGUAAUUGAGUCAUUAAAGAAGUAUUGUCCUAGUACUUGUAGUAGCCGGGUGGAUGGGGGCACAACAGCAUUGCAUAAUGAACUGGAGAAGUGUGUUGCUGAAUUUGUUGGAAAACCAGCUGCUAUAGUUUUUGGAAUGGGCUAUGUUACAAACUCUGCUAUCCUUCCAGUCCUGAUUGGGAAGGGUGGUUUGAUUAUCAGUGAUUCCUUGAACCACAACUCUAUUGUAAAUGGUGCACGUGGGACUGGAGCUACUAUUCGUGUUUUCCAACAUAAUUCACCCUCUCAUUUGGAGGAAGUUUUGAGAGAACAAAUUGCUGAGGGACACCCUAGGACUCACAGACCUUGGAAGAAAAUACUAGUAAUUGUGGAGGGGAUAUAUAGCAUGGAGGGGGAGCUUUGCAAGCUUCCUGAGAUUGUUGCGAUCUGCAAGAAAUAUAAGGCUUAUAUUUACUUGGAUGAGGCCCAUAGCAUUGGAGCAGUAGGGAAAACUGGAAAAGGUGUCUGUGAGCUCCUUGGAGUAGAUACUGCUGAUGUGGACAUCAUGAUGGGAACUUUUACUAAAUCAUUUGGAUCAUGUGGUGGAUAUAUUGCUGGAUCAAAGGAACUUAUUCAAUACUUGAAGUACACAUGCCCAGCUCAUUUAUAUGCAACAUCAAUUUCACCUCCAGCCGCUGAACAAAUAAAAUCUUCCAUAAAGGUUAUCGUUGGGGAGGAUGGUUCCAGUCGAGGUGCCCAGAAGCUUGCACAAAUCCGUGAGAAUAGCAACUUUUUUAGGUCAGAAUUGCAAAAAAUGGGAUUUGAGGUUCUUGGAGACAAUGAUUCUCCUAUAAUGCCAAUUAUGCUAUACAAUCCAGCUAAAAUUGCUGCCUUCUCAAGGGAGUGCCUGAAGCAGAAUGUGGCAGUUGUGACGUUGACUUUCCCAGCAACCCCCCUAUUGUUGGCUAGGGCACGUAUAUGUAUAUCUGCUUCUCAUACUAAGGAAGAUCUGGUCAAAGCAUUGAAAGUUUUUGACGAAGUCGGCGAUCUUGUGGGUAUAAAAUACUUCCCUGCAGAGUCAGACAAGCAGCAGGAAGAAGAUAAGAUAGUGAAACUCGACUGAGCAUUUACUUGGAUCAGUUGGUUGUCACAAGCAGAACUGGAAUCAAGAUUGUUGAAGCUGGACCAAGUAUGUUGUAAUAUAAUGUUUUUGGCUAAGAAAAAGAAAAUUUGCUUGCUGGGUGUCCUAUAGUGUCACCACCUACAUACCAUUUCUACCAUGUAGUCCUGUUGUAUUCAAGUGAAUCUUCUUGUUGCUUACACAUAAGCCUCUCAGCCUCUGUAUAUUGCAAACCUGUGUAUAUUUUUUCUGUUUAUGUUGCAGUAUAUCUUUUUUUCCCCUUCUA